UACUAGUGUUACCGUGUAAGUGUUCAAACAUUGUGCAUUUUGGAUUUAUAUAGUGAUUCUCUUUAGACGAUAAUAGAUCUAAUAUUUAAUAGAUCUAGGUAUAUCUAUUUGUUACCAAAUGAAAAGGAUUCAUGGAAGACUAUCAUUCACAUGUGAACCCCGAUGUAAAGCGGGUUGUGCAAACCUUUCAGACUGCAGCUGUCCGAAGCCUUAGCGGUCCUAACGGGUUACCGCUUCGAACUGUAGGCGUAGGCCUUCUGGGCCAGCCAUCUAAGAUGACUUCUAGUGAAAUAGAUCUAGAGGAUUAUCAAAAGGCUUUAGUAAAUACAAAAAAACUAUCGGACGAAAAAAAUAUUGAAUAUGACAAUCCGAUAUUCGCCCCACCUCCUUUUCCAAUACAGCAAAUGCCUGUGUUUACGCCGGUGGAUACCACCAAAAGUGAACGAUCAGAUACGAUGUUGGAAGGCGAAACUAUCGCAUGUUUCAGUGUUGGUGGGGAAAAACGAUUAUGUUUACCCCAAAUUUUAAAUACUGUCCUUCGAGAUUUCACAUUGCAGCAGAUAAAUGCUGUGUGCGACGAGCUGCACAUUUUCUGUUCAAGGUGUAACCAGGUUCAACUUGAAACGUUAAAAGUAAUUAACAUAUUACCCUCGAAUGCUCCCAGUUGUGGUCUCAUUACCAAAACUGAUGCGGAAAGGCUCUGCAAUGCUUUAUUGCACAGCAACGUUGAGCAAAGCAAAGAGCCACCAUCCCGUAAUAGCUUCAAAGUAUAUCAUGAAUGUUUUGGGAAAUGUAAAGGCAUUUUAAGCCCGGAACAUUAUGUUUCACCAGAUUCUAAAUGCAUUUCCUGUGAAGAUUGUUACGGGAUGUUUAGUCCCCCAAAAUUUGUGUGCCAUUCACACAAGUCACUAGAAAAUCGUACAUGCCAUUGGGGAUUUGAUUCUUCAAAUUGGAGAUCUUACUUAUUGUUAGCAAAAGAUCAGAAUCUCAAUGAUAAUGGGAGACUUCAAGAUGCUAUUGAAGGAAUCAAAGCAAGAUUUGAUGCUAAUCACAAACAGAAAAGACGUCAGAGUCCUGAAAGACUGAUUAGAAAUGACAGUAAAAGAAUUAGAACAGCAGAAUCUGAUGGGGAGAAUGACAGCCUUGCUCCAUCACCCACUCAAGCAUGGGAUACUGUGAGCCUGAGACAGCUCUCAGCUUUCCACCAAUGGCCGCCAUCUCUUCUUUCUGCAAUCAAAGAAGGAAAGUUAGGCCCACCACCUGCUAUUAUGAGAGAACAGUUGGCUGCUAUACUACCAUCCUAUCUCCACACUGGGCCCCCAGUUUUACUAAACCCAGAGAGAGUUGUGCCAUAUUCUGAAAGUGAAAGGUACGAGAGGCAUUUUACUCCUAAUGUCUCUUUAGCCCCAUCUUCUGGUCAGAAGUUGUCUGUAGAUGAAGAAAAUGAAAGGGAUGAUAAGCACACAGACGUCAAGCCUACACCUUGUCACCAGGACGUCAAGCCUGUGCUCCCUCACAGUAAUUUUGAAGGUCAGAAUUGGGUGGAGUAUGAUGUGCCUACAGAUACCGACGACUCAAACAUGGCCUCACCCACUGAAAGCUCUAAAGAUGUAUCCAUGUCAGAAAUACCAGUUUUUGAAAGCACCUUGGAGAGGGAGAUGGAUUUGGUACGUUCAGCACUUAAUGGUAAAGUGGAACCAACACCAGAGGCCCACGCAAGAUACCUGCAAGAGUUCUCCAAGUUGAGAGCAAAGACAGAAGAGUCAAUUCAGUGUUUGUUUAGGGCCUAUACUUUUCUCAAAAGGGAAUUAGACUCCGCUAGAAGGCAAAAUGCAGAGCUAGAAAACGAGAUCCGUAAACUAUUUGCAGACAAAGAAUAUGUGAUAAAACUCAGUAACAAGAAAGAGCAAGAAACUGAAAUGCGAUACAGAAACCUGGAGGCACUGUACCAUGAAGCUUGCAGUGAGAUCAGUACACUCCAGCAGCUGGUCAUGUCUGAGUCAACCAAAGGCAGCAGGUACGCUGGGGCCAAUUUGGACAAAGGUUUAUCUCGUCUGAGGAAAGCUUUGGACUCAGCUGCCUCACUGGAGCCCCAGAGCAAGCACCUGGCAGCAGAUGUUGUGGUUAAGAAGGAGCAUGACAUAACCGUGGAUUGAUAACCCAAACUGUCUCUCACAUCUUGCGUGGUUCAUUUAAAAAUAUCCUAUAUCUGUUCUGCAGCUGAGGAUGGAAAGGAGAGUUAAUCCUCUGAUAAGAACCACAACUCUGUGUCUUCUGAAGCAAGUGUCUGUCAUGGAUGCUUCAUUUAAGCUGUACAUUAAAACCUGCAUUGAUAUUUUCUGUUUGUAUAAAUUAAUUGAGCACUCAGAGAUGUCUAGAGAUGCCAAGUGUCAUUUGUGAUUCUUUUUUAUCCAAGUCAUUUGUUGAUUGAUCUCUGUUCAAAAACAAGACUAUAUUAAACAAUUAUUAGUUUUAAAAAAAAUAUAAAAAAAAAUUACAAAGAAACAUUGAUUCAAAUGUUACUGACUUUAUAAAGAUGGCUGUGGGUUUUUGAAUAGAUUUUUUGUUUUAUUCCUUUGACAAAAGAAUAUUUUGUAUCUGGUUGUUGUACAGAGAAUAUAAUAUCUUAACUGUUGUGGUGACGUUAGCACAUUGUAUUUUGUAAAUAUUUUAUAUAAAUAUCUCUCUUAAUAUACACAGAGUACAUUUGUGUUGACAAAUUUGUGAUUUUUUGUCUCAUCAAAGGCAGAGUGCUCUGUGGUCUCCCCUAAUGUUUAGAACAAAAUUCAGUUACAGUAAAAAAAUAUCUUAAGUUUUGUAUUCACUGUGAAUGGCCCUCCCACAUGUCAUUAUAUUAUGCUGCCAUAACCCUUGUAUUAAGUCUCCACUUGAAAGUUCAGUUCUCAUGUCUGUCUCAAAGUAAGGAAAGUCUGAACUGAGCUAGAAGGGGGUGUUUACAUCUAGUCAUUAAAUAUUGUGAUUUUUUUUUUUACUUGUUACUUUCUUUUAAAUGUGUGUUUGUGUUUUUUUUUUAUCUGAAAUGAAAUGAAGUCCUGAAAAUUGAGAGACAAAUAAAAGAGUUUACCCUGUAAUUAGACUAAUGCAAGUCAUUCAACUUGCUGCAAUGACUAUUUUAUAUUUGUUUGCACAUCAUGGAUCCAUGUUAUUUACUUCCAUUUUGGCUUGGAGCUACACAUGGGAAAUCAUCAGCAGAGUCAAAUAAUUCUUUUAUCUCAAAAAUACCUUUUUCUUUUUGGAAGAGAAGGGAAUUUCAAUACACAUUUUACAAUAUGGCACAAAGUUAUUUAUCUUUAAGAAGAAAAAAACUCAACAUUUGUUUUAGUUUCAAUCUGGUAGCCCAAAAAAGGAAUAAAUGGAUUUUUUAAAUAUUUUUUUUAUAUAAUUUGUGACCUAACAGCUGUACAGCUGAAAGGUAAAUGUAAUAUUUUUAAAAAAUCAUGAAGUGGAUUUCCUCAAAUUAUUGAGAACAAAAAAAAAAAUGAAUUGUUGACUUUAUCUAAACAAUGUUUCAAAUUUCAUGUAUAUAGGUUAGUUUCUGAUAUGUUCAUUUAAAAAAUCAUUGUUUUAUUUGAAUUUUUACUUUUUUUUUUUUUUUUAAUAUUUAUUUUAAGCAUUUUACUUUUAGUCUAAGAUUUGUGUAUGGUUGCAUUUAAUUUGCAUAGACUAUCAAAUACUUUGUGUAGAGCUUCAAUACUCACCAUCUUUAAAGUGUUUCUAUUUCAUUGAGUUUGUAUCAUACAAAUGAAAGCAAAUGGCAUGUUCUAUGUUUUGUUCUGGGCAGACUAAAUGGUUCAUUUAUUGUUCAUUCAGGUUCUACAAAAGAAAUGUAUUGUUUUAAACUAAUAUAGAAAGACAUGUUUCUAAUUCGGUUCCUACUGAUCAUAGGGCUUGUGCAGUUGGUAGAAAACAUUGACUGUCAGGUUAUACAAGAUAAGUAUUUUAUGCUGAAUGAUCAAAAAAAUAAAAGCAGUCUUUACAGAGGCAAGUGCUUUAGGUGACCAUCAGCCUGUUCUUUGGAUUUGGGUUUGAGACUUUCAGGCUUGCAAUUAAAGAGUUGAAGCUUUUUUAUACUUGAAAAUGGACAAUAUUGGGUUUUCUUUAAUUGGAAAUAAAUUGUAUGUAGAGAGUGACUCUGAUUGAAGGCAGGAUCCUAGUUUUCUAUUCCUAGUUUUGUUCCUGUCUACUGUUGUACUUGUUUUUUUUUUUUUUUUUUAUCUCUUGUUGCUGCUGUACUAGUUGGCAUUUGUUAAUAGGGCCACUGAUGACCACAUAUACCUCACACAAGGAGAGUCUGUCACUUUUGCUUACAUUUCCUGUGGGCAGAGACAAGAUUCUUUCUAUAUAUAAUAAUAAUAAUACUAUACACACUUUUUGUCUCUAUUUUGCUUAGAUCAAGGGGUCUUGUUUUAGCUAAAGGGCAAGUGUUCAUAGUGUUCAAGGUGUGCUUCAGCAGAGUUUCUUGAAUAGAUUGGACUAACUACUAUUUAUUGAUUGCAUAAUACCUGUAAGUUGUAUUAGUUUGGAUAGAACACUUAUCUAAGUAGAGCCAGGAAUACAUUGACUUUGCUCCUGCAGUUUACUUUUGCUUUUAGGCAAUAUUGUUUGUGGCGAUUGAAUUCUUGGGAGGAGUGCACAUUGUCCAGUGAACAACAAACUAUUGACGCUUACAAAGAAUCUGACAAAUAAUUGAGCCAAUAAUAUUAGACACUUUCUUGGGUGGCAAUGCUUUGUAACUACUUUGUGUAGUAAAGGAAUGAAAUUUUUUGUUUCUAUUUGUGUGCUGUCUGUUAAUACUUGUUUGAUAAUAAUCACCAUUUAAAGCAGCAUGUCAAUCCUAACAUUGAUAGUUGUCUUGUUUACACUUGCAUUGUAUGUGCGCUUCUUCUAAUGUGUCCUAAUCAUUGGGAUAUACAUUAAGUCCUAGGUUACUUUCACAUUUCUGUACAUUGGAAUGUAACUGGCCUCACCCCUCCUUACCCAUUCUUUCUUGUAUAGUUUGUAAAUAAAGAACUACUUAAACCUUAUAGUGUCACCGCUUCAUAUGUCUAUCACUUUUCCAGUAUUUUGAUGGUGGGUUAGAAUCAAUCUAUAGUUGUGCUAAGUAGUCCAAGUCUAUGUGAUAGGAGUGUCAGUCAUCACUACCACCACAUAACCACCACUCCUGUGUUAAGUUUUUUUAUUUGAUGCAUGGCAGCAUUCACCUUUGAAAUAUAUUUAUAUAUAUAUAUAUAUAGGUAGGUAUAUUCUAAACAUUUCUAGCCAAGUGUAAGAGUUAGUGCUGCUUAGUGUAUUUGUAGAAUGUUGUAUAGGUACUGCAUGCUGGAGACUUUGCUGCCCUUCUGCUCCAUGUGUUGUGUUGGACACACAGUAGGAGAUAGAACUCUAUUGGCCAGUAUGGUAUAUACUCAACCAAAAAAUGGCAUUCAUUCAUCCUGUAUAAACCAUCAAAAUCUUCCAAGAUUUAAACUUUCUUUUUUUUUGUUGUUGUUUGUUUGACUCAUUCAUUGUUGUGUAUUUAUAACACAAAUAUCUUGAAAAAAAAAAACCAACUAAUCUGUCAUGUAAUUGCUGGUUGAUAACUUGGCAGUGUGGACAGAAAGAGAUGCAAGUUGGAGUUAUAGGGCAUGUGGAGUAUGUGGCUCAAACUGUCUAAUGUGUGUUUGAAAGUCAAUGAAAUGUUUGUGUGCAAUACAUGGUGAUGUCUGGUCAGCUGUUUUGGACUUGUAUAUUUUAUACAUACAGUUUGUUUGAGUUGACACGAUAGUUAGUCUAUGUAUUUCAACUAGUGUAUUGUGCUACUUGCCAGUUUCUUGUCACUCCCACAUUUCAUGACAUUAGCUUUAACUAGUGUUACCUUGGAGGAUUUCUUUUUUUUUUUUUGAGUACCUGUCUUCCCCCCUCCACUUGUUAUAGGUACACUUGGAGUUAGGAUAAGUUGAAAUGCCCUACUUGAUCAAAGUUGUUUCAUGGAUUCUAUUUGGAACGGAAAAUGUUUGUGUGUGUAAGAGGUUGGUCACUGAAAUGAUUUGAAUAAACUGCCUUGUUUUUCAAUGUGUAGACAAUGACAACAGAACAAAACCAACACAAAUCUUGUCAUAUAGUGUAUCAGUCGUUUCUUAUUGAUCUAGUUCUAGCUCUAUAUAUCUAGUGUGUGUGUAUGGAUGUCUUAAGUCUAUCCUGUAAAGGUUGUUGAAGGAUAGAGCUGUCUAAUUAUUUGUAUAUAUUUGGUAAAAAAAAUAAUUUUUGUGGCUUGUUUUAAAUCUCCUCCAUAUUGAUUGCAGCAAACAUUUUCAUUUAGUGCCAUAGCAGCCGGUGGAUUUGUAUGUGUCUCUUGGUUGUGGAAAGGUAAAUUUGUGUUGUUUUUUUACAGGAGUAUUACAUUUUAAGAAAAGGGGGAUCCACAGGGCUGUCUUAACUGAAUGAUGUGACAUGCCUUGUACAUAGGUGACUAUACAGGCUGCUAGUAUUGUAAAGUCAAGACAUAUUUGUUGCUUUGUGGAUAGUGCCAUGUUGGUCCACAUUCUAAUGAUUGAAUCCCAGACUGUUUCAAAACUUUACCUUUCUGAAACAGUAAAAUCACAUAGUAGAAUUAACUAUGUAAGACACAAACCCUUGGGAUAUGCAUAGGAAAGUUUGUUUUCUUUUGUUUAAAGGAUGUAGUUUAUUAGAUAUGUAUAUCUGUCCAGUUGUUUUGCUACGUGACUCCUAUUGAAUGUUUCUAUUUUCUUAUGGUCAGUCUGAUCCAGUUGAUUCUACCUUUAAGUGUUGUACCUUAGUGUCUGUCAGUUUUGAAGUCUCUCUUGGCUUGUUUUUUUGUGUGUGUUUCAAUUGAUAUUGAGUUGAGUAGCAAUGUACUGUUUCAAACAAAUAUUUUUCAAGUUUGUCUUUAUUUUUUAGUUAGGUGUCUGGUUCUAUUCAAGUCCCUCUUUUAGAAUUAAGAAAUUGUAUUUUGUUGCAUUUAAAUCAUUAGAAAAUGCUAAUUAGCAUGGUAUCCAUGCUGAGUUUGGUCUCCCCUUAUAGUGGAUAGGAUGGGAUUUGUGUGUGUGUGUGUGUGCCAUGACAGCCUUGUGUUGAAUCACAUGACAAAAGUUUUUUUUUUUUUUAAUGAUGAAAUCUGUGAUAUGCUGUAGGCCACCCCCACAAUACAUUUCACCAUGUGAUAUGACAUACUACACUGGCCAGAAGUUGACUGGCCUGACCUAUAUCUGGAAGUGCAAGUAGAACAGAAGCCACUAGUUGGUGUGGCUCCCCCUCCUGGUGAUGUAUAGGAGACACUGUAUAACAAUGCUUUCUCUAGUUUGUGAACAUUUUGUUCUGUUGUGAACACCCACAUUGUGGCUUGAACCAUGUGUAUCAUUGAAAUAAGCACAAGUUGUACAGUUUCUUUUAAUGAUAUUUACAUUUUUAGUUUUUUUCCCCCUCUUUUUGUCACAUGGUGAAGUCUAUUUACUACAUAACUGAGACAAGAAUUUAGCCAGUGUUUUAAUACCUGAUUCCCACACAUAUUUUUUCAAUGAUGCAUUUUUUUUACCUAGGUUAUUAUUAUUUUUUUUGGUGAGCAAAAACAAUGUGUUUGAUUUGUUUCAUUAUUCUGUUGUUGGCUCUUUGUUAAAUAAAUAUUUCAUUAUGCAUAGAC